UGGAAAGCUUACAUAGAUUUUGAGAUAAACUUGGAAGAGUACGACAAAACACGAGAUCUGUAUGAGAGGCUACUAAAACGAACGCAACACGUCAAGGUUUGGAUUAGUUUUGCACAGUUCGAGGCCUCUACAGCAACCGAUGAAAGCAUCAUACAAGCAAGAACUGUUUACGAACGCGCCAGCAAAUCUCUCAGAAACGCAGAGGGGAAAGAAGAACGAGUGAUGGUACUGGAAGCCUGGAAAGAGUUCGAGGACGAAUAUGGAGACGAAAGCUCACAAGAAAAAAUCAAGAAAAAGAUGCCUCGCCGAGUAAAGAAGAGGAGAAAAGUACAAACGGACGACGGA